AUGGAACAUCAAAAUGAACACCCUCCUGGUAUUCCAGGAGGAGAAAGAGUUGUUGGAGGUGCUGCCAACAGCGAGAAUACAGACUACGUUUUAACACCUAAAGAACGCCGUCGUUUGGCACUUGAAGAGAUCGAUAACGCUAAAUUCGGCUGGUUCCAUAUUCGUGCUUGUAUCGUAUCUGGUGUAGGUUUCUUUACAGAUGCCUAUGAUAUCUUUGCUAUCAAUCUGGUCUCUACCAUGAUUGGUUAUGUCUACUGGCAAGAGUCAGGCAACAAGACGCCCUACAAUGUCGAUACAGCUAUCAAAGUGUCAUGUUCAGUAGGCACUGUUAUUGGUCAACUUCUAUUCGGUUAUCUUGCUGAUCAUGUGGGUCGUAAGAGAAUGUACGGUGUCGAGCUCAUGAUUAUCAUUAUCGGUACAGUGGGCCAAACCUUGGUAGGUAACUCGCCUGCUGUUUCUUUCUGGGCAGUCAUUACCUUCUGGCGUAUCCUUGUUGGUAUCGGAAUUGGUGGUGAUUACCCACUCUCCUCUGUCAUUACCGCCGAAUUUGCUACUACCAAACGUCGUGGUGCCAUGAUGUCUGCUGUGUUUGCCAUGCAAGGUAUUGGCCAAGUUACUGCUGGUAUUGUUGGUCUGGUCGUCACUGCUGCUUUCAAGAGUGCCAUUGAAUACGAUCAAGCCUAUCUCGAUUACGUUUGGAGAAUUGUCAUUGGUAUUGGUGCUAUUCCUGGUGUUUGUGCUCUCUACUACCGUUUGACAAUCCCUGAAACCCCUCGUUACACCAUGGAUAUCGAAAACAAGUUUGAAAAGGGCAUUUCUGAUGCCAAGGCCUUUAUUGAAAAGGGUGCUGCCUCUGGUGACUACACUGAAGAAACAGCUGUCCAAGUCGUCCAUGACGGACCUCCCAAGGCCACCUGGAAGGAUUUCUGCCAGCACUUUGGUCAAUGGAAGUACGGCAGAGUGCUCUUUGGUACUGCCUACUCUUGGUUUGCUCUUGACGUUGCUUGGUACGGCCUCGGUUUGAACAACUCUAUCAUUCUCAACAAUAUUGGCUUUGCUGGUGGACCUGAUGCCUACAAUGCCGUUUUCCGCACGUGUGUGGGUAACGUUAUCAUCAACUUGCUUGGGUCUGUUCCCGGUUACUGGAUCUCUGUCUUCACCAUUGAUAAAAUGGGCCGCAAAACCAUUCAAAUUAUGGGUUUCACCAUGCUCACCAUCAUGUUUGUCAUUCUUGGUUUUGGUUACGAUGCCAUUAUUCAGAAAUCUGUUCCUCUGUUCAUUGUCUUGUAUACCAUUACACAAAUCUUCUUUAAUUGGGGCCCCAAUACCACUACUUUUGUCGUACCUGGCGAGUGCUAUCCUACUCGUUAUAGAUCAACUGCGCACGGCAUUUCCGCAGCCUCUGGUAAGAUUGGUGCCAUUGUUGCUCAAGUCGGAUUUGGCUUGCUAAAGGACAUUGGUGGCCCAAACAAAUGGAUCAACCAUCUGUUGCAAAUCUUUGCCUUCUUCAUGCUCACUGGUAUCUUUUCGUCCUUCUUGAUCAACGAAACCAAGGGCAAAUCACUAGAAGAGCUCUCUGGCGACUAUGGAGAUGACUUCAAGACUGCUCCUGCCGCCGUUGCCGCAAGUUCCCAUGAUGAGAGUGCGGUUGACAACAAGCUUGAUUCAAAUAAGCUUUCUUAUUAA